AUGUCAGAGGAAACAUUUGAUAAAAGAAAAAACUAUGCAGCAGAGGAUCGAAGAAGAUCGUUGAAUUCAGAAAGCGAUGAAGAAGAAUUGGAUGAAUUUGGUAGAGUAAAACGUCGUAGAGAGAAAUUUAAGAGCGAACGUGCAGAAGAGAAAGAAUAUGACGAUAGAUCCGAUAGUGAUCGCGACAUGCACAGAAGAGACGAUAGAUACCACUCCAAGCGCCGUCGACGACGAUCCUCCUCCUCUUCUCUUUCUCCUAGACGAUCUUAUCAUAGACGAUAUUCGGAUGAUUCUGAUAGUGAUUAUGAUCGUAGACACAUUAGACACAGUCGACCUAACUACAGAUCAUCAUCCCAUUAUCACGGCCAUCCCCGUCAUUAUCACUCAAGCAACAGAGAUCCUUACUCUGAAGCAGCACAAUACCUUGAUACAGAAUUCUAUUCCAACAAGAUAUAUGUAGGAGAACUUGAAAACAUCACAGCAGAUCAAUUGAGAGACGCAUUCUCCCGCUUUGGCACGCUUGAGGAUGUACGCAUGGCUGAAGGAAAGAAUUAUGCAUUUGUUACCUUUGAGAAGAAAGAAGCAGCACUUGCAGCCAUCAAAAAUAUGCAUGGCGUGUUAUUUGGUGCCAAGCAAAUAAAAGUCAACCGAGCAAAGAUACCUGAAAGAAAUAAACUAGGGUUUGGUAAUGUCCCUUGGCAAGACGAGGAUGGCUUGAUGGCAAAGGAGGCGAUGUACACUGACGAUAGAAGUCGACCGGUAUCUAAACCUAUAGAUGACGCUCAACCUUUAGAGCCCAUACCUCAGAGAGCUCUUACAACAUACGACGAUCUUUAA